AUGUCUGGGUUUAACGAUGGGAACGUUAUGUACAUGAGGCUUGAGAAUUUCCAGACGUUCAAGAAGAUAUUUCUUAAGUUCUGUCCAUCCUUCAAUUUUAUAGCAGGACCUAACGGGUCUGGAAAGAGUAGUAUAGCAAAUGCAAUGGUUCUUGUGUUUGGAGGCACGCCAAAAAUAAUAGGGAGAGGUAAAGGUGUGGGAGAAUAUGUUAGAUUUGGUGAGGAAGAAGCAAGAAUAGAAGUAGGGGUGUGGAUUAAAGGAAAAGAGGUAAGGCUUUGUAGGUGUAUAUCUAGAAAUAAUCAGAGCAGAUACUUUGCUGAUGGCAAAGCAUACAAAAAGACGGAGUAUGAAGGGCUUAUAGGAAAGCUUAAGGAGAAUAUAGGGAACCUAUGCCAGUUUCUUCCACAGGAGAAGGCUUCUGAAUUUACAAGGCUUUCUCCUGAAAAUCUUCUAGGAGAAGUAUUAUUAUCUGUGGGUGAUGAGGAGAUUUUAAGGUAUAUGAAGGAACUCGAAGAAUUGGAAACCGAAAGAAACAAAGUGGCUGAUAUACUGGAAGCAUGCGGUCGGAAAAAAGAGUGCGUGGAGCGAACGGUUGAGGUACUAGAGAAAGAUGUUAAAAGGGCCAAUGAGAAGAAGAAGAAAGAGGAAAGAAUAAGAAUUAUGGACGAAAAACGGGAUUGGAUACAUUAUAAGCUCUAUACAGACGAGUAUGGUAUGGUUAGAAGGAAUAUAAGUUUACUUAAAAAACAGAUUGAGACGAAAAAUGAAGAGGUAGUGAAUAUCGAAAGUAAGAUAAAAGAGCUGAAGUCAUCUGAAGCAUACAAGGAAAUUAAUGAACUAUGCAAAGUUCUUGAAGAGUAUGACAUGAAUUUGGUUGAUUUGGUCGAGAAGGCCGGGAAUAUUCAUCAAGAAAUUGAGAUGUUAGGAGUUGAUGAGGAAUCACUUAGAAACAAAAGAGAAAAGAGAAUAUCUAACACAGAAAGAUUGGAAAAGGAGAUUUUGGAUCUCCAAGAAGAGAUAUCUAAGUUAGAAAUACCUCCACAACCUCAAGAGCUGGAUGAGGCUAGAAUUAAGGUUCUUGAAACAAAGAUGUCGGACUUGAUGAGAACCAGGGGAAAGAUCCAGCACGAGUCUGCUGAAUUAAAGCGACUGGUAGAUGAUCUUAGUUUAAAAAGAAAGAAGUUUCACGAGAUGGAUGAAAUGAGGCUUCAGAUGCUGAGGAAAUAUCAUGCUGAUACAUAUAAGGCUGUGUGUUGGCUUAGAGAGAAUAAACACCAAUUCAAAGACGAAGUAAUAGAGCCACCAUUCGUUCAACUAAGGAUAAAAGACGCUAGAUAUGCACUUGAGGUUGAAAACUUCUUAGGAUUCCAGUCUCUGUCGCCGUUUAUUUGUAAGUCUGCAGAUGAUUUUGAGACUUUUGUUCGGAUUAUGAAGGAUGAAAAGAAAUGGAUGAUCAAUGCAAUUGAAGCCAUAAAGACAGACAAGAGGGCACGGAAGGAAGAAGAAGGUAUUUCCAAAAAUAUGCUGAAGGAAUUGGGCUUUGAAGGAGUCCUAAGUGAUUUUAUAGAGUGUAGAGAGGAGACUAUGAACUAUCUGAUUGUGGCAGGGAAUUUUGACCUGAUUCCCGUUUCAAAAGCAAGUGUCGAUGAGAAUUUAGUAUUCAGAAAAACAAACGUGAAAAGAAUGGCGGCGGGAGGAAGAUAUAUUGAGAUCAAGAAAAGCAGAUACGGCUCGGAGUAUGCGAUUAUCUACAACCCCUUGAAGUCGCGGAACCUAUUUUCACAGAAUCUAUCUCUUCGGGAGUUAGAGGAGAUAGAAGAAGAACUGGGAAGAAAGAAUUCAACAAGGCGGGAGAAUGAAGAAAAGCUAAAAGGAAUUUUGAAGGAUUGUGAGGUUAUUGAUAAAGAGCUCCAGGGUCUUUAUAGAGAGAGAAGUCUUUACAAUUCUCAGAUGAUGGAAAUCAAAAGAAAAGAGACACAUGCUCGUGUUCUAAAGGGAUCUAUGGAUAGAAAGAAGCUUGAAAUGAAAAUGCUCAAGGAUACAAAGGAUUUGGACGAAGAGGAGAUGAAGAUAAAUGAAUCAAAAAGGAAAUUAGAAGCUUUGUGGAAGAAUAAAUGUGAUGAGCUUAGUAAAUGCCUCUCAGAUGAAGGAUAUUUUGACGUGUUUCGUAGUGCAUCCAAGUUAUUUAGAGAGAUUAUAAAUGUCAAUAAGAACAUUGAGGCUCUAGAAGAGAGUAUAAAGGUGGGAGAAAAGAUAAAGGAAGAGUUAGAAGAAAAGGUUAUUGAAAAGAAGAAAGAGAGCUCUAAACUGAAAAAAAUGAUUGAAGAGAAGAAAGUACGUCUUGAAAAGAUAGAGAGAAAAGAAGAGUACGAUAAGGCAUUGGCCCAGCUUCCAAAUACAAUAGAUGAGCUUGACGAGGAAAUAAUCAAGGAAAAGGCUCAGAUAAAGUUUUAUAACAUUGAUAGUAAAGCUGUAGGGGAGUUUGAAGUUAGAGAGAAGGAUUUGAAAGAGCUUAACGAAGACAUUUCAAAAUAUUCCAAAAUUCUAGAAAGUGUUAAAAAGAAAAGUUUGAGGAUAAGGGACAUUCUGGUCGAUAAGAUUGGAAGGAUAGUAUCCAGAAUAGAUGAGCAAUUUAGAAAUCUCUUCAGGAAGGUUGGAGGAGAUGGAAGAGUUAUGUUUAUUUAUGAUGAGCUUGAUGCAUGCAAGUGGAAGUUUAACAUAAUGGUCAAAUUUCAUGAUGAUGAUAGCCUUGAGGUUUUAAAUUCCCACAGACAAAGCGGAGGAGAGAGGUCUGUUGCUAUAAUUUUGUUCUUGCUUGCCAUUCAACAUUAUAAACCUUCACCAUUUCGUCUUGUGGAUGAAAUAAACCAAGGAAUGGACGGCAAUAAUGAAAAGUUGGUCCACGAUAUUUUGGUCGCACUUAGUAAAGAAGGAAAUGAGCAAUUUUUUAUGAUCACACCAAAAAUAGCACCCAAUCUGAACUACAGCAAGAGCAUGAAGGUAAUUGUCCUUUACUCUUCUCAAGGUUGUGGAGUACAAGAAAAUUUUGUGAGAUACAAAUCAAAAAUGCUUACAUAG